AUGUCUGAAGAUAGUAAAAGCAAAAAUGCACGGGAUAAGCGAAAACGAAAUGAAAUGAGUAGUGUAAGCGAAAGUGACACCAGCAUGAGUGCAACACCAAUUAAAAGUGACAAGAAAAAACAAAAACAUGAAAAACAAAACGAAGAGUCAAAUGAUAAUACAAUGAAAAGUAUUCAAACAGAACUAAAGCAAAUCAACAAAAAGCUAGAAAAUGUUAUGACUAAAAAUGACGAAACUCUCAAAACGCUGAUCAAAGAAACAAUACAAACUAUGAAAGAAGAACUACUAGCCUCAACAGAGAAGAAAGUGGAAAUACUUGAAGGUAAACUGUUUGAGAAAGAAAAGGAAAUUGACAAAAUGAAGACAGAAUAUGAUAAAAUGAAGGAAGAUAUAAGCAGAUUGAGCAAGGACAUGUCUGAUCAAAAUGCAAAUAUAGAUAGAUAUAAAUAUGAAAUGAGAGAUAAUGCUUUGAAAACUGAUGAAUACCUUAAUGACUGUGAACAAUAUAGUAGAGUAAACAAUAUUCGAAUUUUUGGUAUUCCAGAAGAAACAUUUCCUAAAAUACAAGUUAGAAAUGAGAAAAACAGCGAGAGUGCAGAGAAGAAAAGUGUGGAAUCAAACCACGAUACAUACGCCAUGAAAGUAAGUAACACCGAGGAGGAAAACGGAAAACAACACCGAGGAGGAAAACGGAAAACAAGUAUCAGAAAACGAUGA